AAUAGAUCUACGUGGCAAACACUCGUUUUGGGAAAGCGUACGAGGAACUCCAUACUAAUUUCUCGUAACGAAUUAUGAUUUUUAAGAUUAAUCACCAUGACAAAUUUCAUUAUUUAUCCAUUAAAACACCGUAAAAGGAAACUUCUUCUCCAUGCUAACAAGUCAUCUUCCAUCCCAAGUGCACAACACGUGUAGAAAGCGCAACGUGUCGUUCCUUCUAACUUGCGCCUUAAGACAUCGGCCAAAGAUCCAAAAGGAAAAUCUACUAGAGGGGUGCUAACGUACACCAUCUCUCUAGCUGUCGCUUCUCAAUCUUCUCUUCCUUCUCCCUUGUUUCUUCUCUCUCUCUAUCUUUGUCUAACCAAUCAUUCCUAAAUAUACGCUUUGUAUAUAUACACUUUUAAUCACAUAAAUAAAUCAUAAACCGCCAUACAAAAAAAAAGCAAAGGCAUAUGUAUAUAAGAAACAGGAAGCUCUGUCUAUUAUACACCUGAAUCACAUCUGCCUUUGAGCUCGCUCCAUCGAAUAUGAUGAAAGUGAAGAAUCUUCUUAGUUCUAGAAUAAAGUCUUCCUCAGCAAGACAAGAAAAUUCUGAGAAGGAAUAUCGUCGUAGCUUGACGUCCAAGUUAAGUGUUAACGAAGAGUACAAGGAAGCUUUUAGGACAAAGUCCUUCUUAGAUAUUCGGACAAAAGCAGAAGAUCAACUAGACAUAACUUUCUGUAGUAAACUCUCUUCUUCUUCUCCUCCUCCUCCUUCAUCUUCUUCUCCUUCAUCCUCAGAUCUUAACUUCCAUUCACACUUCACCGAUUACUUGCUCGACCCUCCUCAAGAAACCCUAGAUGCUCUUAUGCAAGACUCGAGUUUCCACAAUCUUCUAGCCAACUUCUUUGACUUUAGCUCUGAUGCUUGUGAUGUAUGUGAGUCUCUCCUUCAAUGCAUCCAACAAAUCAAGAUCAAUCACAUCAAAAUCAAAAGGGUUAUCAAAAUUGGUAAAAGGGUUUGUAACGGUGCUAAACCCCCUGAAUGCGCUUUGAUAUUUCAAGAGCUCUCGAGAUACGCCUCGCUGAAAAACCCUUUGUAUUGUAUCAUCAACCAAGCUCAAUUCCGCAGAGUUCACGAUGCAAACUCGGAGUUGCUCACGAGACUGACGUCGAAAAGGAGAAGAAUCAGAAGAAAAGCCAGGUUCUUUAAUUUUUGCAAGAAGCUAGGAGGUUGUAGUCUAGUGAUAUCACAUAGCGCGAUUGUUAUUACAUUGCUGAUAGUAGCAUUACACAGCAUACUCGGCGUUUUAGUAGCUCCCGCUAUGCUCGGUUUAUGCUCAUUGGGUUUCUUGAGGAAGAAGAAAGCGAAAAGAAACAUGGAGAAUAAGAGAAAGACCGAUACAACGCUAGAGAAGCUUGGGACACAAAUGGAUAUAGCAGCUAAAGGAAUGUUCAUAAUGAUAAAUGAUUUGGAUACGUUGAGUAGACUUGCCGGGAGAUUAUGCGAUGAGAUAGAGCAUAGAAAAACGGUAGCUGCGAUGUGUGCAAAGAGUGGGAAGAUUGAAGUGUUAAAAGAAGCAUUGAAAGAGUUCAGUGGACAUGAUGAAAGAUUCUUAGAGCAGUUACAAGAGCUUGAAGAACAUCUCUACCUUUGUUUCCACACUAUUAAUAGAUCAAGAAGACUAGUGUUUGCGCAAAUGCAAGGACCAAGUUCUUGAUUCUUUUGAUUCAUCAAAAAAGAAAAAAAAAACUUUUGUAGGGUUUAUGAAACAUUUAUAAAAUAUAUAUGUAAGAAUGUCUUUCAAAGUUUUUUUUGUCAUAAUUCUAGUGAAAGUGAGUCAAAGAAGGAAACUAUCUGAUUCUUUUGUUGUUCUUGUAAUCUUCACUGCGUUUUAAAUUAUUUUUUUUGUUCUUGGCAUAAUCAUCGAUGUAUAUCCUUUUCGAUUAGCUUGAUUUUGUUUUGAUCA